UCGUGCUUCCGAGUGAGCCGACCUGGGGCCGGAUGUGAGGUCCGGUUUCCCGAAUUUCGUCCUGCUCCGCUGUGCAGGUCACCGUCGCCCACGGUGCUCGCCGGCCGCAGGGUGCCUGUCCGUGGGCUUGGGGGGCGCCAUGGAGGUCCCGCCGCCCGCGCCCCGCAGCCUCCUGUGCCGGGCCUGGGGUCCCUUUCCCCGAGUCUUUGCUGCCGGCGCUGUGGCUGCGGAUUCCCAAGGCUUUGCGGAGGAUCGGGAGGCGCACUCUCGCGUUUCCGAACCCGGUUCCCCGGAAUCUGGAUGGGACCGCCUCCGGCAGCUGUUUGCCAAAGACGAACAAGAGAAAAUUCCAAAGGAAGUUGACUAUAUCGUCAGGGCAGCUGUUUCAGCAGGCAUCAUUGGCUGGGCGUAUGGAGGAAUACCUGCUUUUAUUUAUGCGAAAAAACGCUACAUUGAGCAGAGUCAGGGAGAGAUGUAUCAUAACCGCUUUGAUGCUGUGCAAAGUGCACACCGAGCUGCCACGAGGGGCUUCAUUCGGUAUGGCUGGCGUUGGAGUUGGAGAACUGCGGUCUUCGUGACCAUAUUCAAUACAGUGAACACUGGACUAACAGUGUAUCGAAAUAAAAACUCCUUGAGCCAUUUUGUCAUUGCUGGAGCUGUCACCGGAGGUCUUUUCAGAGUAAACUUGGGUAUUCGAGGCCUGGUGGCUGGUGGUAUAAUUGGAGCUUUGUUAGGCGCGCCCAUGGGAAGCCUGAUGAUGGCACUGCAGGCUUACUGUGAUGAGACAGUCCAGGAGAGGAGACAGAAGGACCAGAAGGCAUUCCGUGAGCAGAAACUGGAAGAGUGGAGAAGAAAACUGCAAUUCACUGAACUCCUCCCUGAGGAAAUUGAAAGUGGCUUAGAGAAGUUUCGGCCUGAGGAAGAUGCUCAGAGAAUCCAGGAGCUGCUGGACCUCCCGAGGAACCCUCCAUCACCAGAUCAACAAGACAAAGACUGAGGAUGAGGGGCUCUGUGUCUAGGAAUGCCAGUGCCAGGCUACUUCAGUGACAAAUGCAGGUGCUGGCACCUGUGGUUGUAGUGACUUGCUUCUUACCUUCUCUCUCCACAGGAAGAAUUAGGGCAUCAAAGCUGGUGCCACACACUAAUCCCAGCUGCUUGGGAGGCUGAGAAAGAUGAUGUGCGGUUAGUGCAAGCUACAUAAUAAGACCCUGUUUCAAAAAUUCGUACCCACAAAAACCACAACAGAACCAAGAAAUAACCCAUAGAAUUGGGUUGCAUUUUCUUAUCCCUACUGAUCAUUGAUCCAUCUGAAUACUUAAUAUUUCUCCAUCUUGCUAGAUUUUAUGCAAGUAAAGUACUUCCCAAAAGGAUAAAACUGGAUUGUCUGGAUUACCUAUUCUCUCCCCAGUCUUUUAAGAAUGUUCUCUUGGAGUGACUGAAAAAAGAAGGAAUUAGGUAAAAGAAAUGGCCUGUGAAAUCACCUUCCUCUGGGCCUUCAAACAGUGUGGGCCUCAGUGCAUUUAAUAGGAAUAAAAGGUGAUUCCUGUGCCAUUUGAACGUGAUUUAAUAAAAUGGAAGCAGGCGGA